AGUGGGUGUGGUUUGCUUACAUAAAGAUAAGAAAGAUACACGCUCAAGGUUCUGGACCGAACCCCAAAUUAUUCGGGCCGCUAAAACCAUAUUCGGCAGUGCUGACGAAAGUGCUAAAAAUGUGAUGUCUUCCGAGAUCGCGGACCAUUCGUAAAAGAUUAGUUACGACGAAAAGAUGUACAAGUGCGUUGUUCUGUUGGUCCUUGUGGCGCUGCAGGGGAGUUUGAUCUGGUCUGCCUGCGAUGUGUGCCAGUCUAAUGGGGCCGCUUGCAUAAAUCAGACCUCGUACAACCUGUGCUUUGGCGGCAGCAAGCCCAAUACCGCACAGACCUUCACGUGCACGGAUGGCCUGGUCUGCACAGAUCAGCCAAUUAUUUGCUUCCAGCGCAGCGAAACUCCGGCCAGCUGCGGCGAUACCGAUAGCUGUGGCCAGUGUGGACCCAACUACACUUUCGCUUGCACCUCCCGUUCCACGUUCGCCUUCUGCUUCGGCGCCACCAAGCCUACGAACGUUACCGGCAGCUGCCCCACAAGCUACUUCUGCGAUGCCUCUACCCAGGAGAUUUGCGUAUCGAAGACUACAGAUGAUUCGAUCAUAUGCCAUUUGGACAACCCCAUCGUACUCUAGAAGCUAAUUUUAUAUAUUUACAUGCAAUUUUAAAAGUAUGAAUGGAAAAGUAAACGAAAUAAAACGCUAAAU